CGGCGCAAACGAGCGGACGCCAUGGCCGUCUCGCCGGUAUUCCGUUAUCUUCUUCCUCACUUCCACCGCCGUGCUUCCCCGCUUCUCAAGAAUUCAUUCUUCCCCAAGCUUAAAGCUAUAUCUUUACUCUUCUCUACCUCUCACAAUCCAAAUCAUUAUCGUCCCCGCUCUGUGUCUGGAGCUGCUAAAGAGAACACUUUGGUAUUGAAGAAAGAUGAGAGGUUUGGGAAUGCAGAGGUGACCUGUGCAGAGCCUGUGCUUGGAUCGAGCACAAUUGCGGCCAUUGUGACUUCUUUAGGUGGGCCACCAGGUGCAGUUGGGAUUGUGCGGUUAUCAGGUCCGUUAGCUGUCUCUAUUGCUGGGAGAGUUUUUCGUCCCGUCUCUAGAAAGAGGAUGAAAGGUUCAGAAUGGUGCCCUAGUAGCCAUGUAGUUGAAUAUGGUGUUGUUUUGGAUUCUCAUGGUGCUGUCAUUGAUGAGGUUUUGGUGGUUCCGAUGCUGGGACCAAAAUCUUACACACGUGAAGAUGUGGUUGAGCUUCAGUGUCAUGGAAGUGAAGUCUGUCUACGCCGUGUCUUGAGGGCUUGUCUUGAGGCAGGGGCAAGACUUGCAGAGCCAGGUGAAUUCACUCUCCGUGCAUUUUUAAAUGGCCGGCUGGAUCUAUCCCAAGCUGAAGAUGUGGCCAAACUUAUAUCAGCCAAGUCAACGGCUGCUGCAGAUGCUGCAUUGGCAGGAAUACAGGGAGGUUUUUCUUCUAUGUUGAAAUCACUUAGAGCUCAGUGCAUCGAGUUACUUACCGAGAUUGAAGCUCGCUUGGAUUUUGAUGAUGAGAUGCCACCCCUCGAUGUGAACCUAGUCAUAGAUAAGAUACACAAGAUGUUGCAAGAAGUGGACAGUGCUCUAGAAACUUCUAAUUAUGAUAAACUUCUGCAGUCUGGGCUACAGGUAGCUAUUGUUGGGCGGCCAAAUGUGGGGAAAUCAAGCCUUCUUAAUGCAUGGAGCAAAAGUGAGAGGGCAAUCGUGACUGAUAUUGCUGGUACUACACGUGACAUAGUGGAAGCCAGUAUUAGUGUUGGCGGGAUUCCAGUCACACUCCUCGACACAGCUGGAAUCAGGAACACCAAUGAUGCUGUUGAGAAAAUCGGUGUUCAAAGAUCUGAAGCAGCUGCUACAAGUGCUGAUGUCAUUAUCAUGACUGUAAGCGCUACUGAAGGGUGGACGUCGGAAGAUGAUCAACUCCUUGCCCGAAUUAAAAGCAAUAAGGAUGCAUGUUCAUCGGCUUCUCCAAUAAUUCUUGUCAUCAACAAAAUAGACUGUGUCCGAACCGCCCCCUCCUCUCACAGAUUGGCUGACGCUGUUUCUGGCUCUUUCGACAAGCAUGUUUUCACCUGUGCUGUGACGGGUGAAGGGAUCCCGGAUUUAGAGUCUGCUAUUUCAGAGCUAGUCGGGCUUAGCAAGAUACCCAACGGUGGUCGCAAAUGGACUGUUAAUCAGAGGCAAUGCGAGCAGCUUGUUCGGGCGAGGGAGGCUUUUGUCAGGUUACAGUCGUCAAUAGAGGAUGAGAUCCCGUUGGAUUUUUGGACAAUCGACUUGAGAGAAGCUGCUUUAGCUCUCGGACAAAUAAGUGGAGAAGACAUUUCCGAAGAAGUUUUGUCCAAUAUAUUCGGAAAAUUCUGCAUCGGCAAAUAAUUCUAUGAUUCAUAGAGGAGGUGUCGAUGCUUGUUUGUUGGAUCCACGGUGGUCGCCGGAUGGUCGCCUUUCGGAUAUUAAUGGGACAGGUUUUGCAUUGUUGAGGUAUGUUCUAUAUCUUUUUGAAAUGUGUACACGAUAAAAUGAAAUAGGAUAUUUUUCGAAACACAGUUGAAUUUAUUUUAUUUUUGGGCAUGGUAUCCACACCCAAAAUAUUAUAGAAGAAUAGUUGUGAUGCUUUUUUCGUCGAGCAUAGUUUGCAAAUUAUUGCACUCGAUUAGCGGUAGGUUCUUGGCAUUGUUCCUACCGCACAAAUUCAAAAUUUAACGACUUUAGGUGUUUCACGCUC